AUCUUCUGAUCUUCGCUAGAUCGACAGGAGCCCUCCUCAAUUCCCCCUGGGAGCUUCGAGGCGCCGCUUGCAUUCUUAAAAACUGACUGAACUCUGUCGUGCGAAAUGUUCGCGAACUUGUAUCGACUAACAGCUGGCGAUCCGGCGACUCGGUAGGUCGUGUAUGUGUGUUUAUGACUCCCAUGAUUCAUGGCCUUCACAUCGGAAUCAUCGCCCUCCUCAUAUCCUCAUGCCCCUCAGCAGCCUCACUCGACGGUCGCAAAGGGCUUUGCGCCCUGUGCUAUGCACGCACACAUCGAAUCACCGAGUGUGUAGUUUUGGUGCCUCUGCGCCCUCCUCCCCAACUCCCCAACGGUCAAAGGCUUGCCUUUGCGGUGCGAUGCGACGCAAAGCAGCAGAUAUGAACAGCGCAGUAGUAGUUCAGAGUUCUCGGGUUGUGGUCGAGAUCAGCUUGGACGCGUUGAACGAGACGCGACACAGGGGGUUUAAGGGGUUUGGCGUCGUGUCACACCGUGUGUCGGAAUCGCUGGAUCCCGGAGGGAGGUGGGGGCGCCGGGGAACAUGGGAAGUGUGCGGAUCCGGAGGCCGGAGAAUGAGAGCAGCCAUCGCAAGCGAGGUCGCGAGGUCAGAGAUCAGAGAGCAGGAGGUGGAGGGGAGGCGGCAGUUGACGGCAUGACGGGUAGUGUGCACCGGCCGGCAAAGAAGAAAGGUCCAUGUUACGAGAGGACAGUCGACAUCCUGGUGUCAGGUCAUG